AUGCUGUCUCGGUCCCUCCUUCGUCGAGCUGCGCGGGUGCGCCUGGCCUCCGCAGCACGCGCUUCCCAUCGCAGACAUGCCUCCUCCGCCGCAGCUUUUAGAUGGGAAGACCCUCUCAACCUGUCAAACUUUCUGAGCGAAGAAGAACAAGCGAUUCAGGAGACGGCACAUUCUUAUUGCCAGGAGCGCCUGCUGCCUAGGGUGUUGGAAGCAUACCGCCAGGAAGACUACGACAAAACAAUCCUGCAGGAAAUGGGCGAGUUAGGUUUAUUGGGUGCCACAAUAAAAGGUUACGGAUGUGCUGGCGUGAGUAACGUCGCCGCCGGUCUGAUAACACGAGAAGUGGAAAGAGUUGACUCGGGGUACCGGUCAGGCAUGUCUGUUCAAAGCUCCCUGGUGAUGGGUCCCAUAGAUGAGUUUGGGACACAAGAACAAAAAGAUAAAUACCUGGAGAAGCUGGCCAGAGGUCAGCUAGUCGGCUGUUUUGGCUUGACAGAGCCCAAUCACGGCUCGGACCCAGGUUCGAUGGAGACAAUUGCGAAGCCACAUCCGUCCAAGGAGGGAUAUUUCUCUCUGUCGGGGUCAAAGACCUGGAUCACGAAUUCGCCAAUCGCGGAUGUGCUGCUUGUAUGGGCAAAGUUGCAAGAAACAGGCAAGAUCAGAGGUUUUGUGAUUGAGAGAGAGAAAUGUCCACCGGGCACUCUCGAGACGCCACCUUUGAAGAACAAGAACGGACUUCGAGCAUCGAUAACGGGCAUGAUACAGCUAGACGACUGUCCCGUACCGAAAGAGAACAUGUUCCCAGAUAUUGAAGGUCUCAAAGGUCCGUUCGCUUGCCUCAAUUCGGCGCGGUAUGGUAUCGCAUGGGGAACAAUGGGCGCGCUUGAAGACUGUAUCAGUCGAGCGAGAGAAUAUGCCCUGGAGAGGAAGCAAUUUAAGAACAAUCCAAUCGCCAAGUAUCAGCUGGUUCAAAAGAAGCUGGCCGAUGCUUUGACGGAUGCAGCUUUUGGACUAGCUGCGGCAUACCAAGUUGGCCGCCUGAAGGACGAGGGGAAGGUCACUCCAGAAAUGAUUUCAAUGAUCAAGAGACAGAACUGUGAUCGAGCGUUGGUAAAUGCCAGGCAUCUUCAAGAGAUAUUUGGUGGAAACGCGGUCAGCGAUGAGUACCACAUUGGGCGCCAUGUUGCAAAUCUUUUCGUCACGCAGACAUAUGAAGGGCAAAGUGAUAUACACGCCUUGAUCCUAGGCCGGGCCAUCACUGGGUUGCAGUCAUUUUGCUAG